CAAUCCUGAAGUACUGUCUAUCAAUUGGUUGCACAGCGUCACAUGGCAUUGUUGUUAAGAUGGCGUCUCCAAGUGGAGGUGACGAAUUUGAGUCUUCCUUGUUGAGCUUCGAGAAGCUCGACAGAGCAUCACCUGAUCUCUGGCCAGAGCAAUUGCCUGGAGUUGCAGAAUUUGCUGCCUCUUUUAAAAGUCCGAUUACAAACUCUCCCCCUAAGUGGAUGGCUGAACUGGAAAACGACGACAUCGAAAUGUUAAAAGAACUGGGCAGCUUGACCACAGCAAACCUGAUGGAGAAGGUGAAAGGACUGCAGAAUCUGGCCUAUCAGCUUGGUCUGGAGGAGUCCAGGGAAAUGACAAGAGGAAAAUUCCUGAACAUCUUGGAGAAGCCCAAGAAAUGAAGACGUCCAAGUUGUUGGCCUGCGCAUCAGCGGAGUAAUGAAGUAGCAUUCAUCCAGGGAUACAAACCAGCCACACAACACUGAAUGAGGAUUACUCUGAAACCUGUAGGUAUAAAUAGCGUAACACACCCAUCCCCACAGAGACUGUUUGUAUUAAAGGACUACAUCCUUGGUCCUUUCUCACUUUAUUAACAUUGUUUUCUUUAACAUUGUUUAAAAGGGCUAAAAAAAAAAAGAUCCCAAACUUUAAUUCCCUUGUUCAGUAUGUUCAUUUCUCAGUUUUAUGAUGGGUUGAAAUGGAUCCGUUGCAGUUGCUUUCUUCUUGCAUCACGGGUCACUUUAUUCUUUUAAAAAAAUGUAUAUUCUGUAUUUAUUUUUAAGCUUCAUUAAUGGUGUUGCAUUUAAAAAAGAGUUCUGCAAUAAACUGUUUAUACUCAAAAA